UAUUAGAUCAAUUCGGUCUUUGCGCACUUUUUGUUUUAUAAUCACGCAUACUGCUCCUCACAGUGCCCCAGAAAACAAGCUAGAUGGUUUUGUCAGGAUUCUCUCGAACUUUCUCAGAUAUCAGUAGUGGAGAUGGCAGCCUCAGUAGAUCUCUUCAAGAUAAUAAUCAGAAUUGUAGCAUAAACAGAGCUUUUGGAAUUUCGAGAAGCAAACCCAAUUCUAAAACUCCAACAAGAACUCCAUCCCGCAGUGGUUUGACAUCAGAUGAUUCAGUUAAUAAGAAGACACCUAACUCUUCUAUUAAAAAGAUGUUGACAGUACACGAAUGUGAUGGUGACAGAUUUAUUCCCAACAGGUCAUCAACAAAUAUGUGUCGGGCGCGGCACGCAAUCCGGAAAUGCAACGAAGAUUCAUCAAAUGAAGAGGCUGCUGAAUACCAACAGGCUGUAGCAGCUAGUUUAAAUACUAAUGACUGUCCUGGAAGUCGUAUCCUCCGCUAUAACGCUGCGACUCGAGAUAAUGGCAAUACGCACUGUGCCGCAAAUAGCUCAGUAUCCACUGUGAAGGGACCCUAUAAGCGUGCCAUACCUCAGAUGCCAGAGAAAGUUCUCGAUGCUCCAGAUAUUAUUGAUGAUUUUUAUCUAAACAUUUUGGAUUGGUCUGUGGACAAUAUUUUGGCUGUGGCAUUAAAUCAAGAAGUUUAUCUUUGGAACUCAUCUUCGGGAGAUAUCACUUGCCUUAUGUCCUGUGGUCUUGAAGAUGAAUAUGUCUCCAGUUUGAAGUGGUCUCCUGAUUCCCCCAAUAUCAUUGCCGUCGGUCUUAGCGCCGGUCGUGUUCAACUGUGGGAUAUUUCUAGCCAGUCACUAGUACGUACGAUGCGGCUUGGAGGUGUCAGCUCAGCCGGUCGCAUAUCAGCCGUCACCUGGCGGGAAUACUUAGUUUCUAGUGCAUCUAAAUCAGGACACGUUAGACAUCAUGACACGCGGAUCGCUCAUCAUGAAGUUGGAGUUGGUGAUUUUCAUACUCAGCGGGUUGAUUGUGUUAUUGAUGGGACUGGCUUAAGUGAAUCCUUAAUCUCUGCAAGUUUAUCAAUACUGGGAAAGCGAAUUCUUCACAUCGAUCGGAAUGAUUAUUAUGGUGGGGUCCUGGCAUCUUUGCGGUUUCCUGAAUUCGAGAAACUUCUUAACCAAGCUGAACUUGACUUCCCCAAAAGUCUUCCAGCCAUUAAAGAUAGAUGUUUGGAUCUUAGCGGAAUUAGGUCUCCUUUAGUUACUCACAGGUCGUCGGAUUGGUUUCUAGGUGAUAGCUGUGACAAGAGUCUUGAUGCUAAUAAUGAUAUUGAUGCUGGGAACUCUGGUAACGUAAGCAAACAAGUUAUUCAUGAUUCGCCAAGAACAACAGCAUUACCUAGUGACAGUACUGUUCAAUACGAUUCUAUUAGCACUGAAAUUUCUAGUGUAAUUCACCAACCUGGAGAAGAACAUGAGGAAUCGGCUGGGAAUGAACAUGAAAACGUUGUUAUCCCAACUGAACGAAAAUCCGAUGGCGAUAAAAUAGUUCAGUGCCAAAAAUUGUGGUCUCGGUCUAAAUUACGAAACGCUAUACGCCUGCAUGAUAUAGACAUAGUACCAAAGAUCCUCUAUUCACAUAGUCCUGUAGUAACUGCACUUCAACGUGCUGAUGUAACACGAUAUUUGGAGUUUCGUUUUGUAUCACGUUUGUUAGCUUAUAUUAAUGACAACCAAUCUACACAACAAUCUGAAACAGAUUCAAGCAAUGUUAAUCAUCAAUCGUCUACAACAAAUUGUCACGGUCAUGUAGUGAAAAUUCCUGUUUGUCGUUCAGAUGUAUUUAAAACACGUUUAUUGAGUUUACAUCAAAAAAGAUCAUUAGGUGCAUUUUUCGAAUGGUGUUUUCAUUUAAUCAUUAAUGAUACUCAACGUAGUACAACACAUACUGAAAAAGAUGAAGAUUAUUGUGCUUAUGAAGAUCGACCUUUUCAAGAUUUAUUAACUGAAAAACGUAAACUUGAUAAAUUUACACAACAAUUAAUCAUAACUAAUCUAUCAUUUAGUAAACAACAAAUUAAAACUAAAGAUGCGAUUUUCAGAAUUCGACGAUUGUUAUUCUCUAUGGGUCGAUUUGGACCAUAUCCAAUUUUAUGGCCAAUGUAUGGUAGUGGAGAUUUAACUCAAGGAUACUGUCGAAUGUCAGCUGUCUUCGGUGCAACAUUUUGUCUUGGUUGUAAAGUAGAAAAAAUUGAACAUGUAAAUUCAGAGGUGAAUGGAUUAAUUCAAUCUAUUGAGAAUAUUUCCAUUGAUAUGAAAGAAGGACUAACAACAACAACAGAAACCGAUCUCUCAUCAUCAUCAUCAUCUGUAUCAUUGAGAAAUAAUAAUACUGAUGAUAAUGAUAAUAAUAAUAAUGAUAAUGAUGAUUUCAUUGUUUAUUUAUCUAAUGGUAAACAAAUACGAACAAAAUGUGUUAUUUUAUGUCCAGAAUGUUUACCAUAUUCCUGGAUCAGUGAUUAUAUUAAUCAAUGGUGUGCCCGAGCUGUACUCAUUACAGACUCUUCUCUUUUACCAGAUGAUUGUAACUCAAGUGAUAUUUCAAUACUUGCAUAUCAACAAAAUGAUGCACAUCUUGAUCCUAUUAUUAUAAUUGAAUGUCAAGUUGAAAAAAAUAAAUUCUGUGAAAAUGAUUUGUUUGUUGUACAUCUAUGCGCAAUAAUUAAACAACCCGAUGAUCCAAAGAAAAUUUUUCAAUCUGUUUUAAAUUGUUUAUUUACGCCGUAUGCUGAUAAGGAUGAUGAUACUGCAUGUUCUCAAUCAGUUGACCAAAGUCAGUGUAAACGACCGAGGAUGCUAUGGGCUGGUUAUUUCUGUGUACCAGACCUAUCAUCUAUUCCGCAUAAUUUCUCUACACUUGCAAAAUCUGAAACGUUUAUGAGUUCGAAUAUUUUUGUCACCUCUGGACCAGAUGCUUCUCCAGACUUGGAUUCAAUUAUACCUAAUGCAGAAGAAAUAUUCCAUAAUGUAAUUUCUAUUCUAGGCUUACCAAACAAUUCAACAAUGGAUACAAUAAAACAAGAUGACAAUACAUCUCAAACUGAAAAAUCAACCACAUCAUAUACUACAAUUGAUGCUACAUGGGAUGGACAAUUUCCACCUAAAGCACCAAGACCAGAAGAUAUUAUUGUAGUCGACGAGUCAAUGAAUUCACCACCAACAGUGACAAUAGAACCUCCUCAAGAAGAUCAAAAUUAACCUACUAUUCUAUUUCUCUCCGAUUUUUCAAAUCGAAACAUUAAUGAAGAAAAAAAUGCAACACAAAGGAUAAUCCAUAUCAAUUUUGACGCAGAAUAAUCUGAAAUUAUCUUUCAUAAGUAGGACAAAUGAGUGAAUAAUAAAUAAGAUUAAUGAUGAUAAGCAGUGUUUAUUUAGCUUGAAUUACAUGAUUGAUACUUCAUUGUUUGUAUUGCGUCUCUCUGUGUGUGUGUGUGUAUCAUGUCUUCACUUGUCCAUUCCAGUUUUGCCUUUUUGGUGUCUUCUUUUCGUUUAUGACGGUGUUGGCUACUUCUUCUUCUUCAUUUGCUUUAGCUUGACAAAUUUUUUUAUUAUCUACAUUCUGAUUUCUCAUUUGAGAAAAGUGAAGGAAGAAAUAUCAACAAAAAGAAAUAGGUAUAUCACUUAUUUUGUUUGUAGUUUGUUUAUUUAAAACUGUUUGUUUUCCGCUUCUGUUUUCUGUGUUUACAUCAGCAGUUUCUUUUUUUCAUUUUCUGAAGGGAAAAGGAUCUAAUAAAAUACUUUGCUUCAUUUGUUUGUUUGUUUGUUUCUCUCUCAAUGAAAGUUUCUAUUUUGAAAGUGUUAAACAACAGUUGCAUUUUUAUGCUGUUUUUAACUUAUUUCCAUUGAUAUAAAUAAAUAUGAAAUUAUUCAUAUGUGAA